UCUUCAAGUUGUCAUCUCAAAUAUCAGAUUUACUUUAAUUAUAGCUCUAGUGCAUUCAGAGAAACAGAUAUGGACUCCAUUGAGUUCUUUCAAGUUUUCAUCAUAAUCAUCAUACUCAUCAUGACUCUGUUCUACAUCUACUUCAGAUCAUUAACAUCUACUUCUUCUUCUGCUGCUGCUGCUGCUGAUACUGACAUCCCCCAUCUUCAAGAAAAGUAUGAUGUGUUUAUUAGUUUCAGAGGUGAGGACACACGUGAUACUUUUACUAGCCAUCUUCACGCGGCUUUGCGUCGGAAGAACAUUGAGACCUACAUAGAUAACAGACUUGAGAAAGGAGACGACAUUAGACCUACCCUUGUAGAAGCAAUCGAGAAAUCGAAAAUUGCACUAGUCAUUUUCUCAAAAGACUAUGCUUCUUCCACAUGGUGUUUGAAAGAACUUGUGCAUAUACUUGGAUGCAAGAAAAGCCAUGGACAGAUUGUUAUACCCAUUUUUUAUCGCAUAGAUCCAUCAGAUGUACGAAAACAGCAGGGAACUUAUGCACUUAAGAAACGUUUUAAGGGCAGUAGGGAUGAGGUGGCCAACUGGAAGGCUGCUUUGGAGGAAGCAGCCAAUAUUUAUGGGUUUCAUGAUUCAAGCAAAACAAGGACAGAGGCCGAUUUUGUUGAGAAAGUUGUUCAAGAUGUUUUGACCAAAUUGAAUCAUGAAUCGUCAAAUGAUUUAAGAGGCCUAGUUGGAAUUGAAAGCAAAAUUGAGAAAAUUGAGUCGUUAUUGUGCUUGGAUUCACCAGGUGUUUGCUGUAUGGGUAUUUGGGGCAUGGGUGGUAUUGGCAAGACCACCCUUGUUGAGGCUGUAUUUCACAGGCACUCCUCAAAAUUUGAAGCUUAUUGUUUUCUUGCAAAUGUUAGGGAGAAAUCAGAACAAACGGGUGGAUUAAAUCAGUUGCUAAAUGAACUUGUUCGUGAGAUAUUAAAGGAUAAAGAUAUAAACAUCGGCACUCUGUCUAUAGGACCAACUUCUAUUCGAGAUAGGCUCAUGCGUACAAAGGCGCUCAUUGUUCUUGAUGAUGUGAAUGCUUCAAACCAACUAGAAGUUCUUGUUGGUGACCAUGAUCGGUUUCACGACGGAAGUCGAAUCAUUAUAACUGCUAGAGAUAAAGGAGUACUUGAGCAAAAAGUUGACAAUGAUAAGAUAUACAAGGUUGAGGGAUUACGGUCGGAUGAAGCUCUUCAGCUUUUUCAUUCCCAUGCUUUGAGAAAUAAGUCUCCAACAAAAGAUUAUAAUAAGUUUUCAAGAAAGGUGAUAGAUUAUAGUAAGGGCAUUCCCUUAGCUCUUAAAGUUAUGGGGUCCUUAUUCCUUGGUUGCAAGAGAAAACAAGAGUGGAAAGAUCAAAUGAACAAAUUGAAACGAUUUCCAAGCGAAGAAAUCAAUAAAGUGUUGAGAGUAAGUUACGAUGGAUUAGAAGAAAAUGAGAAGGAGAUAUUUCUUGAUAUAGCAUGUUUUCAUAAAGGCAAUAACUCAAAUUAUGUAAAAGUGUUAUUAGAUAGUCAUGGUUUCUGUGGGGAAAUCGGAAUCAAAGUUCUCAUUGAUAGGUCUCUCAUAUCAAUUUCAAAACGCAAGUCCAUAGAGAUGCAUGAUUUGGUGCAAGAAAUGGGUAGGGCAAUUGCUCGCGAACAAUGUAUUGAAGAACCCGGAAAACGCAGUAGGUUGUUCAGUGCAAAGGAUGUCUAUCAAGUAUUGACAAAUAACCAGAUAGCUGCAACUGUUCGAGCCAUAUCCUUUAACUGUUCUAAGAUUGAAAAGCGAAACUUGAAUCAUGCAAACUUUGAAAAGAUGUGUCAACUGAGAUGGCUACAUGUCUGGCAUUCUAAGUUUUCCAAGAAGUUCACAUUAAUGGUUUCUCUUGAUCUUCCCAAUUCUCUUAGUUAUCUUCACUGGCACAAAUAUCCUUCAAAAUCUUUACCAUCAAAAUUUUCUCCUGUAAAUCUUGUUGAGCUUCAUCUGCCGUCCAGCCAGGUUGGGGCGCAACUUUGGACUAAAGACCAGACUCCUUUGAACUUAAAAUGGAUCAGUCUUCGUGAAUGCGAACAUCUAACUGAAGUCCCAGAUCUCUCUCAGAGUGUAAAAAUUAAGCAUAUAGAUCUGUUUGGCUGUGAACGUUUGGUUGAAAUUCCUUCGUAUUUUCAACAUCUUGGCAACCUUACUUAUCUUAACCUUGGGGGCUGCAAAAAUCUCAAAAAUCUUCCCGAGAUGCCAUGCAGUCUUGAAUUCUUAAAUUUAUCUCGGACAUCAAUAGAGGAAUUACCUUCAUCAGUUUGGUCUCACAAAAAAAUAUCACACUUAGAUAUUAGAUAUUGUGAACACCUUACGAGUCUUCCAAGCAACACUUGUAAGCUGAAACUCUCGAGUUUGUCGUUGGUAUCACUGCAAUUACACUGAUUAAUUGCAAAAACCUUGUGAGUCUCCCAACAAACAUUUGGAAGUUGAAAUCUCUAAAGAGCCUUGAUCUCAGUUUGUGCUCCAAAUUUCAAAACU